AUGUUCCAAAGAAAUCUCACGUGGAAGAGCUUUGUCCAAAGCAAAGAGGGCGCAUGUUUACUCAUAAACGCCUCGCCCAUUCAGGGAGGGAUCAUUGGAGACUCGCGGUGCAGAGCCAGUCUAGCGCAACCUCUGUGCCGAAUACAAAAACCUGUUAACUGCAAAGGCAACGUGUUUGGUUAUUUGAGCAGUCCUCAGAAUUUGACUCUUCAUACGCUGAACACUCAUUACAUUCUGCAAUGGGACUGGGGUCAUGAGACGGCUUUGAAUGAGACUGUUACUUUCACCGCACAGUAUAUAGCGCAGUAUAAGAUCCGGAGGUCCACUCAAAGCAAGAACUGGAAAUCUGUGUGUGUAAAUGUGGUGGAGCGACGAUGUGACUUCACAGACACUAAUCUGUUUUACUUUGGCAUGUUCCUGCUGCGUGUGCAGGCUAAAUCAGCUCGGCAGUCUUCGCUUUGGGUCCAAAUCGAGUUCUGUCCUGAUAAACAUGCUGCUAUAGGUCCCCCAUCCAGUGUGCAGCUGAACUCAAUCAUAGAUGGUUUAGAGAUUAUUGUUGCCGACCCUCUAGACAACACUAACCAGUCUAUGAAGAACCUUGUACAAAAUAUGAAGUACCUCAUCCAUUACUGGAAGAAACAUGAAGAUGUGCAGAAAGCUGAUUUCUUGUCGACCAAAAAUAAUGUUGUGACAUUGUCUAAGCUGGACAAAUGGACAUGGUAUUGUGUAAUAGUUCAGACCCACUGUGAAUUCUACAACAAAAGCAGUGUCUAUAGUGACACACACUGCAUGCAGACAGGAGGAGAAAUUACAAACCUGACGAUAUUUUUGUACUUCCUGAUGUCUCUGGUGCUGUUUUUUUUUGUAUUCCUGGUAUUGUUUUUCGGCUCCUACAAGACUUACAAGAUACUAAAGAGCAUCUUUUACCCAUCUAUUACAUUUCCAUCGUACAUCCUGGAGCACAGGGCAGCAGACUCCGACAUGCCAAGGCUGUUGAUUCCUGAGGCAGAGAUAUUCUGUGAGCACUUGGACAUUACCAGUGCUGAGGUGAACGAUGCGAUCACAGUGAUGGAACAAGAUCAGGCCAUAGAAACACACGGCCAACAUGACAGUGGAGAUUCAGGCUUCAUCUCUACGGAGGAGGAUUCGUGUCAUAAAGAGCACAGCCUGACACGACCCAUCAAACACAAUGAAUUCCACGUGGAAGACAUGUGUAAGAUGAACCACAGAGAAGAGAUACAGAUGGGAUGAUGGGAGUUCUUUUUUUGUAACGAUGAACACCGCUGCAAAAUGAAGAAUCAACUGUUUAAGGCACUCGCAAGCAAAUUCACUUCUUUCACGAAAUGUUCAAAUCAGCUGUAGCAUAAUUCUCUUUGCAUUUGUCCAUUGGUCUUUAAUCCAGAGCAGCAUACAAAAAGAACAUUAUAAGCAAUUGCAGAGCUUUUGUUAUGUUUAAAUUUAAAUAUGACAGUUCUUUGUAUAUGAUUCCUAUCCAUCAUUUUCUUCACAUCUCCAUGAAGGACGCCAUUAUAGCGACUGACUUUCUGUUGGAUCCUUUGCGGUUCCGUUUAGUAUUUUUUAUUAGUCCGAGAACGUUACUGAUUAUGGUUAAUUGUAAAGGAUCGGCAAUUCACAGGCUUUCACAACAGGACACAUUCCUGGACUCCUCAACAUUUCAGACUCAAACAGCAGCACACCUAGAGUAUUUCUAUUAAAAUGUUGCUUUCUGGACUCGGUCACGACAUGUGAACUUUCUUUUCUAUAAAGCAUUAUAUUCCUAGCGAUGGGUCCGUUAGCUUAAACCUGCCAUGAUCCGAGCUUAUUUCAUGUUAGGAAGAUUAGAUUGUGACCUUGGUGCAUUAUUAUCUACUUUAUUAUAAAAGUAGAAAUCAUUUCAAAUAUGUCAGAUAUAUUGAUUUUAGUAUAAGUUUGUAAUGCAAAAAAGGAAUUGGAUUAAUGAGGAAAUAAAGUUGACUGACUACUGUAAUCUUU